GUGACGAGGCCCCUCGCAAUGUUUCCUUUCAUCUUCGUCGCGCUCUCCAUCCUGACCACAGGAGCAUCUACACAUCCGCACCCACUCGACCCCCUCUCACCUGUGGAGCUCACGGCCGUCCGCGCGGCCGUGCUCGCCUCGCCGCUCGUCCCCGCUCGCCCCCUCAAUUUCCACUACGUCGGCCUCGACGAGCCCGACAAGCCGGAAGUCUUGUCCUACGCCGAGGCACACUCCUCCUCCCGCGCCGCCCUGCCGCGCCGCGCCUUCGUCAUCGCCCGCGCCGGCGGCCAGUCCCACGAGCUCCGCGUCGACAUCACCGAUGCCACCGCGCCCUCCGUCCUCUCACACGGUGUCUACAACGGCGCGGGGUUCCCGAUGCUCACGCUGGAAGAGGAGUUCGCGGCGGCGGCGCUGCCGCCCAGGCACGCGCCGUUCGUGGAGUCCGUUCGCCGGCGCGGCGUGGACAUGGACGACGUCCUCUGCGGCGCGUUCCUCGUCGGGUGGUUCGGCGACGUCGAUCGCUCCGGCUCGGAGGAGAAGGUGCAGCAGCGGAGGGUGGUGAAGCUGCUGUGCUUCGUGGCCGGCGCGACGGCCAACUUCUACGCGCGGCCGCUGGAGGGCGUGACGCUGGUGGCGGACCUCGACCGGAUGGCCAUCGUCGAGUACAGGGACAGGGUGCUCUACCCAGUGCCCAAGGCCGAAGGGACGGACUACCGGGCCGGCAAGGCCGGGGCGCCAUAUCCAUAUGCCGGACACGAGGCGGCGCCCGGCGUGGUGUUGCAGCCGGAGGGCAGGGGGUUUCACAUUGACGGCCACUUCGUCAGGUGGGCGAACUGGGAGUUUCACGUAGGCUUUGACAUGCGUGCCGGCACGGUCAUCUCACUCGCCUCGAUCCAUGACGCUGAGGCCGGCGCGCGGCGGCGGGUGCUCUAUCGCGGGUUCGUGUCGGAGGUCUUCGUGCCGUACAUGGACCCGGCGGAGGAGUGGUACUACCGCACGUUUCUCGACGCCGGCGAGUACGGCCUGGGGCUCUCGGCCUUCCCUCUCCAGCCUGGCGCUGACUGUCCGGCCAACGCCGCCUACCUCGACGGCUACUACGCCGGCCAGGACGGCAAGCCCGUCGAGAACAAGAACAUAAUCUGUGUAUUCGAGCGGUAUGCCGGCGACGUCGCGUGGCGGCACACCGAGUCCGCCUUCCCCGACCGACUGAUCACGGAAGUCCGGCCUGACGUGAGCUUGGUGGUGAGGAUGGUGGUGUCAAGCGGGAACUACGACUACAUAUUGGACUGGGAGUUCAAGACAAGCGGCUCCAUCAAAUUCGUGCUUUCUCUGACAGGUCUCCUAGAGGUGAAGGGGACGGACUACACGCACGCCGACCAGAUCAGGGAGGACGCGCAUGGCACGCUGGUGGCGGAGAACACCCUCGCCGUCUACCACGACCACUACGUCACUUACCAUCUCGACCUCGACGUCGACGGCACUAACAACUCUUUCGUCAAGAACAUCAUCACCACCAGGCGCAACACCGCCGGCACGCCACGGAAAAGCUAUUGGACGAUGCGCCGGGAGGUGGCCGAGACAGAGGGGGAUGCGCAGGUGGACGUGAACGCGGCGCCCGCGGACCUGCUGAUCGUGAACCCGAACAAGAGGACGAGGAUGGGCAACGAGGUCGGGUACCGCGUCGUCCCGGGCGGCGCGACGGCAGCGUCGGUGCUGGACGACGACGACUACCCGCAGCGGCGAGCGAGCUACAGCAAGAAGCAGGUGUGGGUGACGCCGUACAACAGGAACGAGAAGUGGGCACCCGGGCUGUACGCCGACCAGAGCACCGGCGACGACGGCCUGGCCGCCUGGAGCGGGAGGGACAGGGGGAUACGGAACGAGGACAUCGUGCUGUGGUACACGGUGGGCAUCCACCACAUACCGUACCAGGAUGAUUUCCCGGUGAUGCCGACGGUGAGCGGCGGGUUCGAGCUCCGGCCGGCGAACUUCUUUGAGCGGAACCCGUUGCUGAAAACGAGAUACCCUAUGAAGAAUGACCAGCCGCCUUUCUUGAACUGCUCGUGCGCCGGCAAUUCCAGCUGA